UGCUGUAUGCGCUUGCUAGACAGGGGAAGCGCAGCCAGCGACUGUGAGAAGUCUUUGUAGCAGUAGCAGCUAUAGACGAGCUCUUUAUCUAAAGCUCACUCACUCCGUACAGAUAAAAGGGACCAUGAAGACAGACGUCUGGAGUUAUAGUUUUGCUGACAGCAUACAGCCCCACCGACCGCUUCCACACACGGACGACUGAAUGACGAACCAGGAUGGCCGGAGGAAGGAGAGGACUUGUAGCCCCUCAAAACACUUUUUUAGAAAAUAUUGUCAGACGAUCUAACGUAUGGACAUUAUCACAUAGACAGACAGAUACCAAUUUUGUUCUUGGGAAUGCUCAGAUCGUGGACUGGCCCAUUGUCUAUAGCAACGAUGGCUUCUGCAAGCUGUCGGGGUACCACAGGGCGGAAGUCAUGCAGAAGAGCAGCACAUGCAGCUUCAUGUACGGGGAGCUCACAGACAAAGAUACUAGCCAGAAAGUACGGCUAACGUUCGAAAACUACGAGAUGAAUUCAUUUGAAAUACUCAUGUAUAAAAAGAACAGAACGCCGGUAUGGUUCUUUGUGAAGAUAGCCCCUAUACGAAACGAACAGGAAAAAGUGGUGCUGUUUCUGUGCACCUUCAGUGACAUCACAGCCUUUAAACAGCCAAUAGAAGAUGAAACCUCGAAAGGUUGGGGGAAGUUCGCUCGGCUAACUCGUGCUCUGACCAGCAGUAGAGGGGUGUUACAGCAGCUACAGCCUACUGUACACAAAGGAGAGAAUGUUCACAAGCACUCCCGCCUAGCUGAGAUAUACAAUCUGCAGGUCCUCCAGCUGGGCUCAGACAUCCUCCCCCAGUACAAGCAGGAGACGCCCAAGACGCCGCCCCACAUCAUCCUCCACUACUGCGCCUUCAAGACCACCUGGGACUGGGUCAUCCUCAUCCUGACUUUCUACACCGCCAUCAUGGUUCCUUACAACGUCUCCUUCAAGACCAAGCAGAACAACGUGACGUGGUUGGUGGUGGACAGCAUUGUAGACGUUAUCUUCCUGGUGGACAUCGUGCUCAACUUCCACACUACCUUUGUGGGCCCGGCCGGAGAGGUCAUCUCUGACCCGAAGCUCAUCAGGAUGAACUACCUGAAGACCUGGUUCGUCAUCGACCUGCUCUCCUGCCUGCCUUACGACGUCAUCAACGCAUUCGAGAAUGUGGACGAGGGGAUCAGCAGUCUGUUCAGUUCUCUGAAGGUGGUCCGGCUGCUGCGUUUGGGCAGGGUAGCUCGUAAACUGGACCACUACAUUGAGUAUGGAGCCGCCGUCCUCGUCCUGUUGGUGUGUGUCUUUGGCCUGGCUGCCCACUGGCUGGCCUGCAUCUGGUACAGUAUUGGUGACUAUGAGGUGAUAGACGAGGAAACGGGCAUCCUGCGGACAGACAGCUGGCUGUACAUGCUGGGGGAGACGGUGGGCUCUCCAUACCGCUUCAACGCUAGCGGGACAGGGAAAUGGGAGGGCGGCCCCAACAAAGACUCGGUCUACAUCACAUCUCUAUACUUCACCAUGACCUCUCUGACUAGUAUAGGGUUUGGAAACAUCGCCCCUACCACCGAUGGAGAGAAGAUCUUCGCUGUCGCCAUGAUGAUGAUCGGAUCCCUUCUUUACGCCACCAUCUUCGGUAACGUCACCACCAUCUUCCAGCAGAUGUACGCCAACACCAACCGUUACCACGAGAUGCUGAACAGCGUCCGUGACUUCCUCAAGCUCUACCAGGUGCCCAAGGGGCUGAGCGAGAGGGUCAUGGAUUACAUCGCCUCCACCUGGUCCAUGUCCCGGGGCAUAGAUACUGAAAAGGUAUCUCAAACUGUAUUGCAGAUAUGUCCUAAGGACAUGAGGGCAGAUAUCUGCGUCCACCUGAACAGGAAAGUCUUCAAAGAACACCCUGCGUUCAGGUUGGCCAGUGACGGGUGCCUGCGUGCCCUGGCCAUGGAGUUCCAGACUAUCCACUGUGCCCCUGGCGACCUCAUCUACCAUGCCGGGGAGAGCGUGGACAGCCUCUGUUUCGUGGUGUCAGGAUCCCUGGAGGUCAUCCAAGAUGAUGAGGUGGUGGCCAUCUUGGGUAAGGGGGACGUGUUUGGGGAUGUGUUCUGGAAGGAGGUGACCCUAGCCCAGGCGUGUGCCAACGUGCGUGCCCUGACCUACUGUGACCUCCACGUCAUCAAACGAGACGCCCUGCAGAAGGUUCUGGAGUUCUACACGGCCUUCUCUAACCACUUCUCACGGAACCUGCUGCUCACCUACAACCUGCGGAAGAGGAUUGUGUUCAGAAAGAUCAGCGAUGUGAAACGAGAGGAGGAGGAGCGCCUGAGACGAAAGAAUGAGGCGCCCCUCAACCUCCCGCCGGACCAUCCGGUCCGGCGGCUCUUCCAGCGGUUCCGGCAGCAGAAGGAGGCCCGUGUACAUCAGGAGCGGGCUGACCCAUCCGAUGACCUGGAGAGAGGCCAGACCGUUUAUGUUGAGCCCAUUCCCAUCCAUGAAAUCAUCACCACCACCAGCAUUGUCACCGUCACCGAAAGUCCAGCCACGCCCAUUCCUUCAAUCUCCAUCUUGGCGUCCACAACCUCCGGCCCCUCAGAAAAAGCCCAGCUCCAGGCCCCGUCUCUCCAAUUGUCCGAGCCAGCCAAGGUCAAAGGCUGGGGUCGCUUCAAGGAGUCCAACUGGAACAAGGUGUCCAAAGCCGAGUCCAUGGAGACGCUACCCGAACGGACCAAGGCAGGGGCAGCCCACGAGUCCCAGACCUCGCUCAAGAAAACUGGCUCGUGUGACAGCGGCAUUACCAAGAGCGAUCUGCGCCUGGACAACGUGGGGGACGGCGCCCGAACCACGGGCAACACGCCACAGGACCGCAGCCCUGUAGUACCCCCUGAGGUGGCCAAGCAGCACGCCUUCUACCCUAUCCCAGAGCAGACUCUCCAUGCUUCCCUCCUGGAGCUCAAGCUUGAGCUCAAAGAAGACUUGAAGGCCUUGAACACCCGCAUGGCCAGCCUGGAGGCUCAGCUAGCAGAGGCUCUGAAGCUCCUCAAGGCUCAAAGGAGAGCUCCCAGCUCCCCCAAGCCUCUAUUUGAUAUCUCCAGACCCACUUCGCCAGACUCGGACAAGGAGGACAUAUUUUCGUAGAAGCAAUGAGGGGCUUAUGUUGAGUGUGUGAAGACGGUUAACAGAUUCAGAAAAUCUUUAUUGUCCCAAUGCUGGGCAAUUUGGUCAUAGGGUCAGAGAUGCUGGAAGUUGUUGGCGUGUCUCAGCUGAGGCCAUUGCUUAGCCCUCACCUUGCUGAUGCCUGUGAAAAGCAGCAGAUGAUGAUGCUACGAUGCUGUUACUUUAAAGAGAACCUGGUGGUUUUACCCCUGUGGGCCAUGGAACCUUGGAGUUGACCCUGUUGGUCACUUUGAAGAUUCUGGGGUGAGUGCGGUGAAAGGGUUUCAAGGCACAGUGCAGUGACCGCAAGACCACCAUGGGUUUGGCUACCCUCUGUGACCCACAGACACAGGUUCACACCUAUACUCCUGUACGCUUGUGUUGUGCUAGUCUGCUCGCGCACACCGGCUGUAUAUUUUGGUAGAGCCUUUAUUUUUUUUACCAGUCUAUGGAGUAAAAGCAGAGCAGCAAUGAAUGUUGUAUUGUUCAUUUUCAUUAUCCUUGUAGAUCUCCAGUGGGAUCACUAUCUAUCAGUGGUUCUCAGAGUAUCUAUAAGGGUUGAAUACAUAUUUGACUUUCUUUGUGCCUACAGUGUACAAUAGAUUAUGUAUGUAUUCACAAUGUCAUUCUAUCACCCUGUAAUACUUUACAAUACUUUUUGUAUACACUACAUAUAUAUAUAUAUAUAUUUAUAAAAGUAUGUGGACACCCCUUCAAAUUAGUGGAUUCGGCUCUUUCAGCCACACCCGUUGCUAACAGGUGUAUAAAAUCGAGCACACAGCCAUGCACUCUCCCUAGACAAACACUGGCAGUAGAAUGGUCUUACUGAAGAGCUCAGUAACUUUCAACGUGGCACUGUCAUAGCAUGCCACUUUUCAAACAAAUCAGUAAAUCAAAUUUCUGCCCUGCCCUGGUCAACUGUAAGGGCUGUUUUUCAUGGUUCGGGCUAGGCCCCUUAGUUCCAGUGAAGGGAAAUGUUAACUCUACAGCAUACGAUGACAUUCUAGACGAUUCUGGGCUUUCAACUUUGUGGCAAUAGUUUGGGGAAGGCUCUUUCCUGUUUCACCAUGACAAUGCCCCCGUGCACAAUGCGAGGUCCAUACAGAAACGGAUGCCGAGAUCGGUGUGGAAGAACUCGACUGGCCUGCACAGAGCCCUGACCUCAACCCCAUCAAACACCUUUGGGACGAAUUGGAAUGCUGACUGCGAGCCAGGCCUAAUCGCCCAACAUCAGUGCCCGACCUCACUAAUGCUCUUGUGACUGAAUGGAAGCAAGUCCCUGCAGCACUGUUCCAACAUCUAGUGAAAGCCUUCCCAGAAGAGUGGAGGCUGUUAUAGCAGCAAAAGGGGACCAACUCCAUAUUAAUGCCCAUGAUUUUGGAAUGAGAUGUUCAGCGAGCAGGUGUCCACUUACUUUUGGUCAUGUAGUGUACCUUGGGGUUGCCUUUAUAAAUGCAAAAAGGCUAUACAGUAAUCCCUCGUUUAUCGCGGGGGUUACGUUCCGAAAAUGACCCGCGAUAAGUGAAAUCCGCGAAAUAGAAUUUUUUUUUUUUUUUACAAUUAGCAACUAUUACAUGUAUACAAAUACAGUGACUCACGUGUAGGCCGUUUCACUGCUCUUCAGACUGGGCCGCUGCAUCCUGACUGCGCUCUGCAGUGUUCUCUUCUUCUGAAGCCCGCGGUGCAGGUGUGUUUGUUCGGGAGAAGAACAUAGUGAUAGGCAGCUGUUGUCGCUCUUUUUUCUUCUUUGCAAAAAGAUCCUUGUACACCGACAUGCCACCAUCGAUUACGUUGGAGAACUGUAAUGAACGGCUCAUCAAAGGGUCCCAUUCCUCAGCUACUCGCUUAAGUUCAGUGGCCAUUCGCACCAUGGUUGCUAAGCGACCAAGCGUUAGUCCUUCCUCCUCAUCUCUCGUGUCCAAUUCGUAGCAUGUUUUGAUACAAGAAGCGGGAGUGAGUUUUUAGCGAAUCAGAAUGCAGAGCACAAUGCACCAAAAAAAAAAAAAAAAUGCAUUAUGAAAAUCCGCGAAAUAGCGAAUCCGCGAUAAGUGAACCGCGAAGUGGCGAGGGAUCACUGUACAUGCAUUCAACACAGGUGGUACUGUACAUUGAGCUUUGUACUUGCUAUAAAUCAUUCAAUAUAGAUAUUGCUCCUGGCAUACUAUUAAUGCAUUCAUAAACACACAGGUGGUUCACAGAAUAUAUUACUUUGGGUUUGUUUUUCCAACUUUACUACUGUAAUCUGUGUCAUCGUCUUUAAACCUGAUGGAGAAGGCUGUGUUCACCAAUCAGAGCACAGCACCGUCACGUUUAGCCUAUCAAUCUUCUGGUCUGUGCACAGAGAACCCUGACUGACCGAUCGAAGACCAGCAUGGUCUUUAUAAAGAACUCAAACUCCAACCCCCUUUCAGACUGACCGUCCAUCACCGUAUGUCUUAGCAGUUCUCUGUUCAAUAGGAUAUUCAUAGCCAAGUAACCAACAACCAACCACCUUUUGUUGACUGCUUGGUCAGUAUUCUUGGCCGAUGGUUCCAGUGCUGGGAAUGUCUCUGAACUGUUUCAGUUGCACUAACAACACUCCACCUCGCCAUGUUGUGCUGUUUGCAUGUGGAGGAGGUUGCUUUAUUUAGCUGAUUCUUCUUUCUUUUUUUUCAUCGAACCGAUGGCAUUUGUAACGGGGUCUUCCUAAAAAAAAGACUUCACUGCAAAGCAUGACUUGCUGCAUGACUCGCAUUGUUAAACAUACAUUUAUUUCAGUACUGUUUGGCCCUGCAGCUUGCCGUAGGCUAGCUUACUGUAUACUACUGUGAACUCCAUUGCUGAAUAUCAAAGGCAGACAUAACUUUGAGGUCUGUGAAUUAGUAAUCAAUGUAAAUGUUUUAAAUCUAAUUUAUAUACACAGGACAUGUAGAUUACCUUCUGUCACUAAUUGGAAACUAGCAGUGCCAAAGUUCUCAACCACUGUGUUCACAUCUUCAAUGAUGUGGGCACCUUCAGUGAGUUUAACAUAACUAAUCACAUCCUAGCAGUGUCAUCUUAAUAUACAGUAUGAUAUAUUAAGAUGUACAGUAUGAUGAUCUUGCUGUUAACUGCUGCCAGAGUUCCUCCUGUUACUAUAUGGGACUAACUGGCAUUUGGGCCCGGUGUUUUGCAUGCAACAAGACACUGUUAGCCUGUAUUCAAGCCUCGGCAUUAGUUUGGGUAGCUAAAGUGAGUCUUCAGGUCUCUGGCAAGGUUACUAAUCCUGUGAGUGGGGUUCACUAAACCAACUACAUUUAUAUGUAGUUCAUUAUCAGUCUUAAGGGAGGUCUCCACGGUUCAGUGUUCCCAUUGGGCUACAUAACGCUACAGAAUGGCUACAUUGGGGUACAUAAUGGCUGCAUUGUGCUACAAAUUCCGAAGAUGGCUACAAACAUAGACAGCCACAACACUGCACUCAAUUUAUUAAUUAUGUAGUAAAAGAGCAAAAAAUCAUAUCUCUGCUGUAACUGUCUGCAAUUACAAUGCGUGAACUAAAUCCAACCCAUAUCGUGAUCGUGUUACAUUAGGCUACAUUUUGAUGAUUUGUUCAUGCUGGAAUCUGAAGGAAACUACGACUUAUGAAUGUUACCAUGUUUAUCUUUCGACCAUACACAACAUGGAAUGUGGAGGGUCAUCACUUACAGACAAUAUUAGCAAUAAUUAUGAAUAGUAUAAUUAGAUCCUGGACAGAUAUUAAUUGUAGUCAACAGAAGCACACUACGUAAAGCCAAUAUGUAUAGUGCUUUAUGACUUGUCAUAUGCAUAUAUGACCCUUCAAAAUGUGUUGUUAUAGGCAAUGUUAUGCAUUUAUAUUAAGCAUUUCUUUCUGAAAAUAGCUGUUAUGUAUUAAGGAUCACUAUGAGAUGAGAUAAGACAUUGUAAGGAUCAUAUGCUUAUUGCAAGUCUUAUAAUGCAUUAUAACAACAUCAUGCAUUAUCCGUGUUGGCGUUAAGUAAAGUGGUACCCUGUAAACUAUACAGUUAUAAUUGUUUACUGCUGACCCGAAUGACCCCUAUUGGUGUAAAUGUGUUACUAUUUUCUAGUAAGUUGGAAACAAAUGCACACACUUUACUUAAACAUACCUUAACUUUGGCCUAGAUUCACGGUCUCCAUGAUACGGAGAAGUGAACAUAGAGAGGAUAGCUUGUUUAUUUUUUAACACAUUUAGCUUGACAUACGGUAUAGUAAUGUUUAAUGGGACAAUGCCUGAGUAAGGGGGUGUUGUUUGAAUGAGAAAAAUGAGGCUGUACUCUAUGCAUUAUAAUGCUCAAAUGUUUCUAAAUAUUAUAGCAUGCUUUUGUUAAGUGUCCCAAAAUGGCCACCAUGGGCAACUACAACAAUGAUGUCAUUUGGUUGGUGCAUAUUGCUGUAAUGUAACUUUAUUCUUCAAUAUGUUUCCAUCUGAAAUUACAUCAAAUGUACAUCAAUAAUGCAUUUACCACACUUAUAUGGAAACUUGAUGUACAUUAUCAUGCCAGCUGCUUUGAUGCAUGUGUACAAUAUGUGUACAAUAUUUGAUGAUAAACUUUUAGAAGUAGUUAUUCUUGGCUUAGUGUGUUCACCUGCAUUAAUGGGUGAUCCCUAUGUGUUGGGUUUUAUUACUGUGAUGACAUCACAGAGGAGAAGGGUUGUUUAGAACAUCAAUUGAUAGAGAGCAUCACGAUUCGAUGGUGGGUAAUCUGGGUCUCAAAGUUUUCUCCUAGGCUCCUCCCCCUUAUCUACAUUGAUUGGAAAAGACUUGACAGUUAAAACCUUAUGGUGGACGCACGUCAUUAGGCUAGCUUUAACCUGGUCAGUUCUUUCAGAUCAGUGCAAUAAACUAGAGGAAGCUAUGAGAGAACUGACAUUUUAGACAAUUGAGAAAGAGCCUACCAGCUAUUCAGCUAGUCCUUGUCUGCGUCCCAAAUCGCACCCUAUUUUCUAUAUAGGACACUACUUUUGAACUUUUCAAAAUAUGUCCACUAUAUAGGGAACAGGGUGCGAUUUGGGAUGCAGAACUUCCAUGCAUGAGCCUGGUCAGUAAAACCUGAUCAUCACCAACACCUUGUUUAAAGGCCCAGACUCCCAGAGCACCAAAAAGCCCUUAAACUUGAUUCUCUGUUGCACUCCUUAAAACAUGUGAGCAUGAUUACUUCAGACCAGUUUAAACAUUAAACUAUUUUUGUGGUCAGCUCAGGGUUGCUGCCUAGUUGCACUAUGUAUGUACAUACUACUUUGGAAUGUCAUGUGGAGAGAGAGAGAGAGAGAGAGAAUAUUGGUUACACUUUACUUUAAGGGUACCAACAGUAUAUAAGGACUUUACCACAUUCAUAAUGAAAAUGUUUUUUGACCUACUGUAGUUGUCAUAAGCAUUUAGUAAAGGUGCUGUAUAUGGGUUAUGCAUAUGUUAUGAAGUGCUUAUGUAGAUACCCUUCAAGUAAAGUGUUACUAAAAGAUCAAACAUUAAUAUAAAUAUAUCACGAGGACAGUAAUGUCACGCUACUCAUACGUCCCCUGUAAUGAUACUGUACAUGUAGUUAUUGUAAGCACAAAUGAGAGUAUUUGUAAUGAUAUGUAAAAUACUAUUUAUAAUAAAUAUUUUAUACAUA